UAAGUGAUGUCAUGUGUAAUAAGGGGAUUCUUUUAAAGCGUUAGAUGGAAAUAUUGUCUAUUUUUUUAGAAUUUUGAAGAAAAGUACGUAGAAAUCAUUUAAACGAUCUUAGCAUGAAUCGCAUUUUCCACGCCCUUUUGUUGGCUUUCAGUGAUCGCAAAAUAGCUGGUAGGAGAAGUAAGUGGUGCCGUGACAUGACGUACGUGACGGUUAUCAAGUUUGUGUAACAGCUAAUUGUUGAUCAGUAGUUGUGUUUUCAAAUUCGUGUUGUAAACACUGAGCGGUUAAUUGUCUAUUUUAUGUAUAUGUCAAAGUGUGGUCAUAUGUAAUAUUGUAGUUUAAAGGUUUUCUAUUUAUUAUUGGUUACUGUCAUUGUAUUCGACUGGUAUGUGACUUGAAAACUUUUUCACUGAUUUUGUGAAUCGACACGUUUUAAAUUAAGUGGAUAAUAUGGUGACAAUGGCAAUGAAACUUAGCAGUCAGGACAGGAAGGACCUGGACAAGUUUACGAAGUUUUUGGCUCUAAAGGCUGCUCAAGUUAUUGUACAAUCCAGGCUUGGCGAAAAAGUUUCAACAGAGUGUAAACCCACGUCUGGAACAGAUUGGUUUAAUUUGGCUAUUCCAGAUCUACCUGAUGUUUUGAAAGAAACCAAAAAAGCUCUUAAUGGAGAAGCAGCAACAGCCAGAUUGCCAAUGUGUGUCGAGAUUUCUUUAAGAACAGUAGAUGGUGAUCAUUUAGUGCUAGAGUCAUGGUGUCUUAGUAUUUUACCAGAACAGUGUGAUCCUGCAGUGCGUGUAACUCAUACAGUUUAUAACCGUAUGGGAAUCCUUUUAAAAUCCCUUGUGUCAGUUACCCGGGUGACACCGGCAUAUAAACUAUCUCGAAGACAGGGACCAGACUCAUACGUUAUUUGUUAUCGAAUUUACAUGGGUGAUGCUCAGUUACAUGUGCUUGGUGAUGGUUAUAAACAAGUGAGGGUGGGUCAGUUGUGUACACCAAUAGGUACAUUGCAACUAACUGUUUCAUACCGCACUAAAAUGACAAUUUCUCCAACUCAAACUGGCAAAAAUAACACCAUCAUGCUCAAGAGUGAUCAUUUUAAUACCAACCUUAGCCCCAGGCAUAUGCGUUACAGGCAAAANGAAGACGACGUAUGUUCGUUAAGUGAUACAAUGAAACUGGGCGCGUUCGCGGAUACAAAAAAGAAAGAAAUUGAACCGGAAUUAAUAAUACCUCAAAGUCCAUUCAGCAAAUUACUUCCCGAAAAGAUACCCCUAGAAAGUCCACCUAACAACCCGGUUAUUAACAACGAACAAAUGAUGAACAACAAGAAUAGUGGCCCCCCGGACGCGACGGAAACGGUCAAUAAGAACAUCCUGAAGGAUAAAAAUGGAAACGAUACGCCCACACCCACCGAGUGCCAGACGUCGUCCGAAAUAACGAUGACCUCCACUAACGACGACUUCAUUAUGGUAGACUUGAAAACGCCAUUUGCCAGUAAAACGACCACCACCGAAUUGGGAAUGUUCUAUAGGGAAUGGCAAAGUGCGCCGCCACUUCAAACGUUCACGAACAUUCCCACCCUUGCCGAGCAAGUGGAAGACCUGACGAAACAGCUGGAAAGUUUCGAAUGUGACAUGCACAAGUACGAAGACGUCUUGCAGUCUUUGUGCCAGUCGCCGAAUAGCAAUUAGUUGUUUAUUCGAUCGAGGAAGGAAAUUAUUAACAUCAUCACUAUUGUGCAUGUUUCAAAGACUGUCGACACAUCAUAUCGUACUAAGUUACGCGCUUAAGAGUUUUCGUUUAAAUAUGAAAUUGCCUUUUGUAAAAUUCGUGUAAUUGUCAGUUGCUUGCCUAAGACUUGCACUUAUGUCUCAUACAAGCGACGCACUUCGUUGGUUAUGUAGGUUUAGCUGAACGAGAAAAAAACCGGAUGAAUAUAAAGACUGAUUUCUAUUAAGGUUACAAUUAUAUAAUCGAUCGAUGAAUAUCAGACACUCCUAAUAAUAUAAUUAAUAAACAUGUUGAUUAAUGUUCCAUCGAAAGUACUAAGCUGACACGGGUUAUAC